AUGAACCCUGUGAGCCAUGUUGCGCGAUUCGUUGGAUGCUGGCUUCCACACACAGGAUCUCGCGGGUACAAGCGGUUGCUUUGGAAGCCUGAAUUUCCGUCUGACCUGCCACCAGCGCUUCGGCAGAAUGCCGCCAUCCUUCGUCAUGCCGCGCCCGAGGUCUCCCCUCACAAAGCCCUGUUCACCAUACAUGCUUCCCAGAGAAUCUGGGAGAUUGCUCUGGAUCUAUGUGCACGGGGAGCAGUUAAUGACUUAGCUGCCAACAUCAUCUACAGAGCUCUGGCGGCGUUGGAUUGCACAGACUGGAACGAGUACCGGAGGAGACAGGAAGAGUUCCGGCAAGAUUUGUUCACAGCGUGCUCCAACCUCUUUGAGGUGCAUCAUGUGCAUGCAGGUGCAGAGUGCAUUUUCGGGGUCUUAAACGAGACCACGAUGAGGUCCAUCUCACCUGUAAUGAAGACCCCCAAGCGCCAGAAGCUUCGAGAUCUUGUGGUGGACAUCAUUGAGGAGUGGGUGCUGCUGCACCAGGACUCCUUCAGCCGCAUCAAUGGCAGCAAGCUCCUGGAUGUGGUCGGCCCCGCUGCCUUCAUCCAGCUCAUUCCACGGUUUGGCAUCAGCCCCAGAAGCCUCACGCCAGACGAUCUGGAAGUCUUAAUGUACCACUUGACCGAGGAGGCCCGGGACCUCUUUGGCGUGAUCCGCAUCGGGCUCUCCUUCUUGCCCGUGGAGUCACUGAACGAAUCUCUUGGAGGGUCCAGCUGGUCCUUGAGGAGGGUGCUGAAAGUCAUAGAGGGCCGGCAAAGUGAGCAUGGACUUCGAUUCUUCCUUGCUCAUCUUGAGCCGAUCUCCUUGCUGUUGCAGGCGCUGGCAGCUUUACGGGAGCGAGACUUGGACACAGGCCUGUCGCGCAACCCCUGGUCCUACUCAACCAGCCUCGUUGUCGAGGCCGAUGUUCGUUCUGGAAAGCCUCUAUUGCCGAAGCUGCCGCACAUCUGGCCGAUGCGACCUCCUCCUCUGCUGCCUCCUCCGAGCAAGGCUCCGAUCGACGAGGACGAAGAGAUACCCCGGAAGCAGAGGAUGUGGUUGACAGAUGGGGAGCUGAUGCCCUUAUCUAUUUCACGUCGACGACCCAAGCCUCUGGCAGGGUUGGCUCCGCCCUCUCGCAUGCGCGAUACUUCCUGGCCGCAGUUGGCCUUCGAUCCGGUUGAUGCCUUGUCCGAGGAUUUGGGUGAGAGGAGUCACAGCAGCGUGAAUGCUUACAGCAUAUUGGCCGGUGAGGCGGAUGAUGCUUUGGAGUUGUGGGGCGGCGCUGCCCCUGCAAAAAGAGACCGGGCUGGUGGGCUGGUGGAGGGCUUGCCGAGUCCCCUGGCCGAGCUCCCACUCGAUGCCAUCCACUUUGUGGAUUCCGCACAGGGCCUGUCGCACGUGCUCACCUUCCUUCAGCAGGCUGCACCAGCCUACGUUGGAAUCGAUCUCGAGUGGUCUGAUCCACAGCCUGUGUCCAUCAUCCAGAUAGCAACGCCAAGCCGUGCUUUCGUCCUGGAUUGCGUGAACCGGACGCCGCUCUACAUGUCGGUUCUGCACUGUGUUAUGGAUUACGUCAUGAAGCGGGAAGAGAUGACCAAGCUCUUCUUCGGAUUUCCGCAUGACCUUAUCCGACUGAACAUGCUCUUCGGCCCGUACGGUCGAAGCUUCAGCGGCAAGGACUACCUCGCAAGCGUACUGGACCUCUAUACGCAGCGGGUUCGGAGGGUGCAGGUAACUAAUCCUCGCGCGGAGGACACCCCGCUUGGACGGGAGAGCCUGAUGGGUGAAGCUUUGCAGGUGGAUGACUUUUCGAAGAUAGCAGAGAUCGGCGAGCAUCCCCUGCCACCGUAUCCUAUCCAGGAGCUCUCGGAGCAGGUUUUCAUCGUGGGAGGCCACCAGUCUCUGUCUCGCAUGGUGGAGAAGUAUCUGGGCGAGACCCUCAACAAGCAGUAUCGGGUCAGCAAUUGGAAUUUCCGUCCACUAAGUGCCUCACAGGUCAUCUAUGCUGCAACAGAUGCACACAUCCUUCUGCGGCUAGAAUCUGCCUUGCGAGAGCAGCAAGUGUUGCCGCAACGCAUCUGGGGUGUGUCCGCCAGAGACUCAACUCAGCCGGCCUGGUGGCGGGACAGCGCUGGGACUUCAGCCGCCGAAAACAGAAGUUCGUGCGUGGCAGGUUGUGCGCAUGCAGCAAUGUGCUAA